AUGUUAAAAUAGAUUAUUUUACUCUUAUUUAUUACAUCCAUUCUAACUAUCGAUUGUGAUUAUUGUAAAGCAGAAUUAUUAGAUAGUCUAAGAGUAAUUUCAAUUAUUGAUAUUAGGUUAAAACGGAUAGUGUGAUUGUUAAAUGUUUAGAUUCUGAUUUCUCUAAGAAUCCUGUUGGAACCAUUUUUGGAAAUUGUUUAUCUAUUUAAGGAGUUGAUUCCUAUAAAAUUAAAUAACUAGUAUCCUGUAUAACUUCAAAUUGUUGGGAUCAAUGGAUUAAUCAAAAAAAUGAAUAGUUUUUAUUCUGA